GUUUACAUCUGGCAACGUGCUUGUUUGGAUUUGUUUUUGUCCAGAAAAUUCUUUACAGAUUCGACAAUCGUUUGGAAGUUCAUUAAAUACUUUUUCAUCCCAGAAACGACAUUCAGAAUGGUAAAGUUACACAUUAAGAAAGGAGAUGAGAGCCAGUUUCUUUAUGAAACAACAGUGGAGAUGCCUGUAGAUGAUUUGGUAAAGGAUGUCUCAGCUAUAUACAAUGGCAGACUUAAAGUUCAGAGACUCUGUGCAGAAAUGGAAGAACUUGCUAAGCAUGGAGUUACAUUACCUCCAAACAUGCAAGGUUUAACAGAAGAACAAAUUGUGGAUUUAAAACUUAAGGAUGACUGGGGAGAGAAAUGUAUACCUAGUGGAGGAUGGGUAGAAUGUAAAGACACACUGACUAUUAGAAAUGGAAGAGCACCACAGAAGAACAUGGCAGAUUUGAUAAACAAGACAAUACAAGAAGCCAAAGACAUGAUAUCAAAGAAAAAGGUACAAGCAGACUCUUUAGUUACACAAGUCACAGUCAAGGAAGCACUGGACAUAUUACGUGGUGCUGUGAUGAUUGUAUAUCCAAUGGGAUUGCCACCUCAUGACAAAAUAAAACAGGAGAUAGAAAAUGAGGAGGAUUUGUCUGGAACACAGGCAUCUUUAGAAAUAAUUGAAGAGGAAAAUGCAUCUAUUUGGUUCUCAGGAAAAGAAAUGUUAAGAGGAAAGAAACUGAGAGAUUUUGUAGGAAAGAAUGAAAAAACAAAAAUUAUAGCAAAAAUCCAAAAGAGAGGACAAGGAGCUCCUGGCAGGGAACCAGUUGUUAGUGAAGCUGAACAGAAACAGAUGAUGGCAUAUUACUACAAGAAACAGGAAGAAAUGAAGAAACUUGAAGCAGAAAGUGAGGAAGCCUACUUAGAUUCAGAUUGGGCUGACAAUGCACAACUCAAGAGAAAUUUCCAUGGACUCAAUAACAUCAAAUGGGGACCUAAAUAAGGCUGUUUUGUUUGUAACAACCAUCCGUAUGUGUUCAAAUUAAUUAUGGAAGAUAUAUCUGUAUUACAUAUUCUUCUGUUUGAAAUUUUCAUAUGUACCGGUACUGGCUCUGUUUUUACGAUUAUAUACUGUAUAUUCAGAAAUUGGAAUGGAAAUAUGUCAGCAGCAUUGCUGCUUAAACUGGAUACAAAAUAGACCAUUUGGCUAUCUGAAGAUACAACAGAGAUCAUAGUUUUGAUUCAGUUUGCAUCCUUUUUAGGUGAAAUGAUGAUGUGACCUUUGAUGCAUUGAUUAUGAAAUGUAUGUCUUUAAAUUAAUCUUAUUUGGUGCAUUUGUUUACAAAUGAUAACAUUUUCUAAGCGAGCCUUGAAAAGGUUCAUGUUGACAUUUUAACUAUUAGACAUUGUUUUGACUCUCUCAUUAUGUUUCCAUUAUAUUCAUUAUUUCAUUUACCUUUUUGUAAUGUCCUGUUUUUUUGUGAUAGUUGUUUUGCAUAGUUUUAACUCCCAUGGCAAACUCUUAGAAUUAGCAUUAAAGGUACCAAAACACCUUUUGUAUUGUGUUUUCUCAAAGCUGUGAGAGGGCUUGUUUUAAUCUAAAUAUUUAUAUUUGCAUGAAUGAAAAGAAAGGCAGAAUAUACUUAAAGGAGGCAGCAACCCAUAAAACCUAAAAAAAAAUCAUUGUGGUCUACCUGAAACAAAAUGUUAUAUUUUCCCUUACAUACAGUAUAUCAAGAAUUCCAUAGCAUAUUGGUGAUUGUUAAUUCACUCACCAAUAUAUUCCUAUUGCUGUAUAUCAUUAAUCAUUCACAAAAAUCUGAGGAAAAUAAGUAAUACAUGCAAAAAUCACUGCUUAUCACAUAUGGUCAGCAAAACAUGACCAUGAUUUAUUAUGUAUUAAAACUAAUAACAGUAAGUUUCCUGGAUUUUUAUUGGAUAAUAGCUGGUGUAUUUUUCAUGCAUUUUCUUUUUAAUACCAUCAAGUAUAGUUGUCAUGAACAAUGGGCAUCAAAUUAUUGUUGUUUCAUACUCAAACAAAAGUGAUUUUUCUUGAAUAUUUAUAGUGGAGUUUGAUGUGAUUUUAAUUUUGUUGAUUUUUCUCAUGUCCCAAAUAAAUAGAAAUAAUCCACAGAUAAUUCUUUUUGCUUGCAUAAGUGAUAUGAAAUUUGUCAUUAUAUACAGGACUCUUUUAGCUUAUACUUUGUGGUAUCUGUAGAGUUCAUAAAACUGACUAACAUUACUUUUGUUCAAAUAAAGAAUAAUUUUGGACUUAUCAAACAUUGCUCCCAUCCACUCAGAAUGUCUUAGUGAGAAGUUUGACUAAGUUCAUUGAGUUUGACAUUUUAUGAAAUAAAUUGUAUUUUAAAACAAAUGUUAUUACUUGAUAUUGUUCUGCAUUAUUUAUUUAUUGUAUUGUGAAAUUAAAAUAUUAAUGAUGUAUUUCUUACAUUAAUGAAAGAAUUAAACAGUAUUUUUAUGGC